CAGAGGGUUCACCCCAACAAACUGUCUAAAUACACCGACUUUAUAGAGAACCACAGAAAGCGCAAGUCCUCCUCUUCCAGUGAUACUUCUGUGAAAAAUGCAAAAAUCACAGCCUUCUCUGCCCCAGGGCGGGUAACACAAGCAACGCUUGACAAGAUGGUGCUAAAUUUUGUAUGUGAGGCCAACCAACCAUUUUCUGUGGUUGAGAAACCAUCCUUCAAGACUUUGAUAGAAACCUUGCAACCUCAUACAAUUAUGACAAGGAAAACGUUAUGCACAAGAAUACAAGAAGCUGCAAAACACAAGAAGAGCAUACUCAUCAAAAAACUGAGUGCGGUGAACUAUGUUGCUACCACAACAGACUGCUGGUCUGCCAGACAACGUAGCUACUUAGGUGUCACCUGUCACUGGAUAGACAACACCUCACUGGAGAGGCACUCUGCUGCGUUAGCUUGUAGAAGGCUCAAAGGCUCGCACACGUUUGACGUCCUUGCUGCUGCAUUAGAGGAAAUACAUUCAGAGUACCACAUCAGGGAAAAAGUGACCAGGACGACAACAGACAGUGGCUCAAAUUUCCUAAAGGCCUUUCGAUUAUAUGGUGAGGAGAUAGAGGAGGAAGCCACCAAUGAGCAAGAGGAAAGUGACUCCACCCUUGAUGAUGCAACAGAAGAUCAAAGUGAGUCAGAGGUGGAGUAUCAAGAUGUGUCUGCUAUUCUGGAUGACAACACAGGCCUUGAGUACCAACUUCCAAGGCACCAAAAGUGUGCAUGCCAUCUCCUCAAUCUUAUAUCCACAGUUGAUGCCACUGCUGCAGGAGGAGCUGCAAACGAAACCUACAAGAAACUCUCUCGGUCUGCUUUUGCAAAAUGUCAUGCUCUCUGGAAUAAAACCAGCAGGUCAACCAUGGCUCAUGAAACAGUGGAACGAGAAUGCAAGCUGCAGUUUCUCCGACCGAAUCAGACGCGCUGGAGCUCCCUGUUCCUCGCUGUAGAAAGGAUUGUGCGCAUUCACCGAGAGCAAGGAGAACAAGCAAUUCGCAAUGUUUGCACAGCAUUAAAGAUAAAGAUGUUCAAUCCAGCUGAAAUGGGUUUUUUGGUCGAGUAUGCUGCUGUAAUGAAGCCUGUUGCCAUGGCCCUUAAUAUCCUCCAAGGGGAAUCAUCUGCGCAUAUGGGCCUCCUGCUGCCAACACUUUACCAGUUGCGUGACAAGCUGAAGAGGUUGGAGUCAUCUUGUAAAAUGUGUACAUCUCUUGUUCACACCCUGCAGCAAGGGAUCCAGAAACGUUUUGGAGACAUCAUGAAAGAGCCUGAGCUGAUUGCAGCAGCAAUACUCCUACCAAGAUUCAGAACAUCCUGGACCACAGAGGAGAACAUCUUAAAUGCUGGCCUUGAUUACAUCAGAAAUCACCUCGACACCGACUUGGAUGAUAUCACCAGCACAAACAGCAGCCUCUCUGAUGAAGACGACUUCUUUGCAUCCAUGGAGUUGGGAAAAUCACAAGUAGGAGAGCUGGAGAGGUACCUUUCAUGUAUGUCCCCUGCAGGUAUGGAUCUACUCCACUCCUUUCCUCACAUCAAGAAGCUGUCACUCAAACUCAACACAGGUCUUCCUGCAUCUGCAGCCUGUGAGAGACUUUUCAGUCAUGCAGGACUCCUGUUCACUGCUAAACGAUCACAGCUUCACAGCAAGAACCUUGAGAGCCAACUACUGUUGAAGCUUAAUAGUGACAUCACUGAGUAAUUCUUUUGUGAAGUUGUUUGUUUCUGCAUGUUUUGUCACAAACACACACACACUCUCUCUUUCUCACACACACACACACACACACGCUCUCUCACACACUUGCUCUCUCACACACACACGCUCUCUCUCUCUCACACACACACACACACUUUAACAAUUUAAGUUCACUCAAAAGAAGUUGUUGUGAAGUUGUUUGUUUCUGCAUGUUUUGUUACACACACACACAAAAACACACACACGCUCUCUCUCACACACAUUUUAACAAUUUAAGUCCACUCAAAAGAAGUUGUUUCUGCAUGUUUUGUCACACAUACACAAAACCACACACACACACUCUCUCUCUCUCUCUCUCUCACACACACACACACACACACACACACACAUACUCUAUCUCUCUCUCACACACACAGUUUAUGGGCUGCCUUGUUCUAGUUCUGUCUGCAAAGCCUGGUAUAAAGGUUUGGAAAUUUGUGUUUACUUGUGUUUAUUUAUUUUUUAUUAUUUUAUUUUUUAAGUACUUGAAUUUACCUGGAUUAUUUUAAUUUAAGCUAUUUUGUAAUUAAUUAAUUUAUUUUAAUUGAUUUUAUUGAUUUGAUGAACUAUAAUUUGCUUAAACAUUAUUAUUUUGUAUUUUUGUCUGUCUGAUUGAAUGCUUGUUAAAAAAUAAAUCAGACGUUACUCAACAGUUACUCAGUACUUGAGUAGUUUUUUAACCAAGCACUUUUUUACUCUUACUCAAGUAAUUAUUUGGAUGACUACUUUUUACUUUUACUUGAGUCAUAUUAUUCUGAAGUAACAGUACUUUUACUUGAGUACAAUUUUUGGCUACUCUACCCACCUCUGCAGUUAUU